UUCUGCUCUUUAAAAGCCUUUUAAAUCUCUGUGAAGCAAAUGCUCUUGGUAAUAGAGAAACAGUGAUAUCAGAUGAAAGAAAGAGGAAGGAAAGAAGAAAUUCUUAAAUAUUUUCCAAAGGAAGAGACUCUUUACAGUCAGACAUGGAACGGGGUUACAAGAUUGCCACACGUUUAGGAAAUAAAAAAGACAUGUGUAUGUUUCUAGCCCUUCAUAUGGAGAAUUCUCCAAUGUGUGUUAGCCCAUCUGACAAGUUCAAUAAAACUGGGAUUGUUGUGUGUGAGUCAGACAAAAUACACAAAGUGGUAGCAAUGAGCUGCUCCAGAGAAAACCUACAUGCUGUGCAACAUGUUAUGCUGAAGGUUCCCUGUUCUUUGAAUAACUGCACUGUGUACUUGUCCAGGAAACCCUGUUCCACCUGUACUACAUUUCUCAUUCAAGGAUCAGUUUCUUCAGUCUAUUACUGGCCAAUGUCUCCAGAACUAAAAGGGGAAGAUUCAGCAGUUGAGGAAGAUCUCAAGCAAGUUGACCAAAUGUUUCUCAGAAGUCAUAUAAGUAGCAGUGUUUUUCUACCAAUCGCAGACUCUGUAUUUAAGAUUUCAUCUAGAAUCAAAAUAUACAAGUGCACAGAAUGCAGUUCCCAUUAUGCUGAGGCUGUCCCUAAAGACCUGGAAAAAAAUAGUUCAUUGCUUAAUAUGCAAGGCCAUGUAAGGAUAUGUGCAGAGCAGAUGAAGAAUGCAUUGUGUUGCCUUGAUUGUUUACUACAUUGUCCCCAUGGAGAAUUUGAAAAAAAAGAAAAGAUCGAUGUGGAAAAAAUGCACACACAUGCAUUGCAGCUUUGUUAUCUUUUAGCAGCAAGAUCCGAUGAUCCAGAUCGAGGUGUUGGUUGCAUAUUAUACAGUCAGAAUGGAUAUUUUUUUGGGGCAGGUUAUAAUGGAUACCCUAUUGGUGCAAUAUUUGCAAACCUGCCUUGUGCAGGUAGAAACAUCAAAAAAGAGUCAGGAACAGCAAAAGGACCAGUCCUUAUCCAUGCUGAAGCAAAUGCUCUACUAUUCAGAUCCAGAAAAAAAAUAGAAGAGAACGAUGUUCUUUAUUGCACGAAACCUCCCUGCUCUGAAUGUCAGAACUAUAUACAGUUUGUGGGCAUAAAGAAAAUUGUUUCCGUACAAGAAUCAUUACAGUCAUCAUCAAACCAACAAGACUCUACAGACUCUUUAAAGAGCAACUUUGAAUAUUAUCAGUGGAAACCUCAAUAUGCGGAAUGUUCUGGUAAGAUAACUAAAUACAGUUGAACAUUGUGUCUUAAGGUUACUAAAGUUGGUAUUUUAUUAUUAUUAAAUUAGAC